CCCUCAGCCCGCGCCCGCCACCUCCCCUCACAGCGGGCGGCCCCCGCCCCCGCCGCCAUGUUGUGGGGCGGCAGAGGAGGAGGCGGCGCGGCGCAGAGCGGGCGCUCCCGGGCGGCGCAACAGAUGGCUGAGAGCUAGCAAGGCACAUCCGAGACCAUGAUGGCUCAGUUUCCCACAGCUGUUAAUGGAGGGCCGAACAUAUGGGCCAUCACCGCGGAAGAGCGGGCCAAGCACGACAAGCAGUUUGAUAGCCUUAAGCCCACGGGAGGCUACAUUACAGGUGAUCAAGCACGUACCUUUUUCUUGCAAUCAGGUCUACCGUCUUCGGUCCUCGCUGACAUAUGGGCACUGUCAGACUUGAACAAAGAUGGAAAAAUGGAUCAACAGGAGUUCUCUAUAGCCAUGAAGCUCAUCAAGCUGAAAUUACAAGGACAGCACUUGCCUAUGGUUCUCCCUCCUGUCAUGAAACAAACUCCAGUACUUUCACCUCUAAUGUCGGCUCGCUUUGGAAUGGGUAGUAUGCCAAAUUUGUCCAUGCCAACAUCCAUGUCUACGAUCACACCAUUAGCUCCAAUGUCUCUGACCUCAAUGACGUCCAUUCCUCCUUUGGUUAUUUCUGCUCCCCUGGUGCCUUCUGUCAGUACCUCAUCAUUGCCAAAUGGAACAUCCAGCCUUCUGCAGCCUUUGGCCAUGCCUUUCUCUUCAAUGCAGCCUCAUACUGGUUCCUUAGGUCCCGUGGCAGGAGGGUUUGGUGGUUCUAAUAUGCAGAAGGCACAGUCACUGAUCGAUUUAGGAUCUAGCAGUUCAAACUCUUCCUCCAGUGCUUCGCUAGCUGGGAAUUCACCAAAGAUUGCACCCUCAGACUGGGCAGUUCCUCAGGCGUCCAGAUUAAAAUACAGACAGAAAUUUAACAGUCUUGAUAAAAGUAUGAGUGGAUAUUUAUCGGGAUUUCAAGCAAGGAAUGCCCUUCUGCAAUCAAACCUUUCACAGACUCAGCUGGCUACUAUUUGGUCACUAGCUGAUAUUGAUGGAGAUGGACAGCUGAAAGCAGAUGAGUUUGUGUUAGCCAUGCACCUAACUGAUAUGGCCAAAGCUGGGCAACCUCUGCCACUAACUCUGCCUCUUGAACUGGUACCACCUUCCUUCAGGAGUGGAAAAUACACUGAAAAUAUUAAUGGAACUCUGCCAUCUUACCAGCCUGUGCAAGAGGAGGAGCCACAGAAAAAACAGCCAGUGACGUUUGAGGACAAAAGAAAAGCAAACUAUGAGAGAGGAAAUGUGGAGCUGGAAAAACGCCGUCAAGUCCUGCUGGAACAGCAGCAGAGAGAGGCAGAACGUAAGGCUCAGAAAGAAAGAGAAGAACAAGAACGAAGAGAGAGGGAACGUCAGGAGCAGGAACGGAAAAAACAACUUGAAAUGGAAAGGCAGCUGGAGAGACAACGAGAGCUGGAAAGACAAAGGGAGGAAGAAAGGAGGAAAGAAAUAGAAAGGCGGGAGGCAGCAAAGCAAGAACUCGAGCGCCAGCGACGUUUGGAAUGGGAGAGAAUUCGUCGCCAAGAACUUCUUAAUCAGCGUAACAGGGAACAAGAAGAAAUUAUCAAGCUGACCUCUAAGAAGAAGAGCCUUAAUCUUGAAUUAGAAGCUCUGACGGACAAACAUCAGCAAAUCUCAGGCAGACUGCAAGAUAUUCGGAGCAAAAAGCAGAUUCGGAAGACUGAGCUGGAGGCUCUAGAUAGAAAAUGUGACCAAGGAAUUAUGGAAGUCAAGCAACUACAACAGGAACUUCAGGAGUAUCAGAAUAAGCUGACCUACUUAGUUCCUGAAAAGCAAUUGUUAAGUGAAAGAAUUAAAAACGUUCAACUGGACAGCACUCAAAAUGCAGGAAUCGCGUCAGUGCACAAGAAGUCUCUAGAAAAGGAAGAAUUAUGCCAAAGACUUAAGGAACAGUUAGAUGCCCUUGAGAAAGAAACUGCUUCUAAACUUGCUGAAAUGGAUGCGUUUAACGCUCAGCUCAAGGACCUGAGAGAAAGUUACAGCACGCAGCAGUUAGCCUUGGAGCAGCUCCAUAAGAUCAAACAGAACAAAAUAAGAGAGGUAGAAAAAAGAAGAGCUGAACUUGCCCAGAAAAAGCGGCUGGAAGAUGAGGCUGCAAGGAAAGCAAAACGGGAGAAGGAGAACAGAUGGCAGGAAAAUAUCCGAAGGGAAGAGGAGGAGAAAAAGAAGCGAUUAGAGGAAGAAAGAAUGCAGGAAAAAGCUCAGGAAAAGCUUCAUGAAGAGGAGGAGAAAAAUAGGCAAGCUGGGAUCUUGAGGGAAACAGAGCAACGGCAGAGGCAGCUGGAAGAAGAGAAAAGAAAGCAAGAACAAAUUGCAAGAGAAGCUGAGGAAAGGCGUAAGCAGAAUGAAGAAGUAAAGAAGAUAAAAGAAGUCACCAACUCUCAGGAGACAGAGAAACGCGCUUCGAAAUUAAACAUAAGCGAAAAGUUUGCGGAUCUGUUGAAACCAACAGAGGGUAAAAGUCUUAAGCCGCCCUGGACAAAUGAAGGCAACACCAUUAAUGCUUCAGAAUCCAGGAAGUCCGCUGCCUUUGUAAAUUACAGAGCUUUGUAUCCAUUUGAAGCGAGGAAUCACGAUGAGAUGAGCUUUAAUGCUGGAGAUAUAAUUCAGGUUGAUGAAAAAAAUGUCGGAGAGCCUGGCUGGCUUUACGGGAGCUUCCAAGGACGCAUCGGUUGGUUUCCAUGCAAUUACGUGGAAAGAAUACCAGAAGGAGAAAAAGUUUUAUCUCCUAAGAAGGCCUUACUUCCUCCGACAGUAUCUUUAUCUGCUACCUCAGCUGCUUCAGAACCACUUUCACCAAGUAAAUCCGCAGAAGAAUCAGAUUACCAGAACAUGCAUUUCUCUAGCCUGAACGUUAAUGCAGCGUGGCAACAGAAAUCAGCUUUUACCCGCACUGUGUCCCCUGGCUCCGUGUCUCCCAUUCAUGGACAGGGGCAGCCUGUUGAGAACUUGAAAGCACAAGCACUUUGCUCUUGGACUGCAAAAAAAGAUAACCACUUGAAUUUCUCAAAAAAUGAUAUCAUCUCUGUCCUGGAGCAGCAGGAAAACUGGUGGUUUGGGGAGGUGCAUGGAGGAAGGGGCUGGUUUCCAAAGUCUUAUGUCAAGCUCUUACCUGGAAGUGAAAAGAAAGAGGAGCCAGAAGCUAUUUAUGCAGCAGUAAAGAAAAAGCCCAGUGCACAGCCCUACCCAGCAGGAGAAGAGUACGUUGCGCUGUAUUCGUAUUCGAGCUCUGAGCCCGGUGACUUGACUUUCACCGAAGGUGAGGAAAUCCUGGUGACCCUGAAGGAAGGGGAAUGGUGGACAGGGAGCAUUGAUGACAGAACUGGGAUCUUCCCCUCCAAUUAUGUCAGACCAAAGGAUCAAGAAGGUUCUGGUAUUGCUGGCAAAACUGGAACAAUAAAUAAGAAGCCUGAAAUUGCUCAGGUUACUACUGCUUAUGCUGCAUCAGGAAGUGAACAGCUUAGUCUUGCUCCCGGGCAGCUCAUACUUAUCCUGAAGAAAAACGCUAGCGGAUGGUGGCAAGGAGAGCUGCAGGCGAGAGGGAAAAAGAGGCAGAAAGGAUGGUUCCCUGCCAGCCAUGUGAAAUUACUGGGUCCAAGCAGUGAGCGAACCACAUCUGCUGCUCCCUCAGUGUGUCAAGUAAUAGCAAUGUAUGAUUACAUGGCAAACAAUGAAGACGAGCUCAGCUUCUCCAAAGGGCAGCUUAUUAACGUGCUGAGCAAAGAUGAUGCUGACUGGUGGCAAGGAGAAAUCAGUGGUGUGACAGGUCUCUUCCCUUCCAACUACGUGAAGAUGACCACAGAUUCUGAUCCAAGUCAGCAGUGACCCAAUGUUGUCUUCCAGUGUGAAAGCACCCAGAGACCCACUAUCCGAGUUUGACUGUAGCGUGGAGGCAGGGUGGCCAGCCCCGCUCACGUAUCUCUGAAACAAUCCUUUUGCUUCGCUUGAAUGCUAGAUCAAGAGAUUCGGUUUCCGUGGGUUUUCUUAUCAUCUACAGUUACCGUUGCCUUGUAAAAGACAGGAUAGUGGGUCUUUGUGUGGCUUUCACUGCUGCUCAUUCUCGUUUCCUUUAGCAUUUUUCUUUGGCGUUGAUAAUCCUCGAUCAUUAGCAUGCAUAUCCAGCUAUCGUUUGCAUGGUGGGAUUGCAGGCACACAAAGACCCACUAUUUGCACAGUGUAUCUGAGCUGUUUUGAAUGGGGACUUGUGGUUUUUUUUUUUAAUGUUGUAAUGUACAUACGUUGCAGAAUUAAAAUGUUUGCCGAUUGCUGUUUUAAUUUACUUGAUCUAAUCUCCUGCAUAUUGAGCUUUUAAAACUGACGGCCUGUAGGGCUCACCCAGAGAACAAACCCUCCCUGUUUCAGCUGCUGGUGGUCGCUGUGAUACGAAUAUGCCGCACGAUCCACGACGUAGAUCUGUUAGGUCUGGGGCAGUCGUCUCUCUAAUAUCAAGGAGAGAAAUAUAAAGCAUAGGAUGGAAGAUGCGUAUAUCUAUAUUUUUUUUCUUCCUUCCCAGUAGCCCUAUAGCAGGGAUUCAGGUUGUUUUGGCUCAAUAUGCCCUCUCCCAAUCCAAGGUCCUUGAAGUAUUUUACUCUGACAGCUCCUUGAUGCUCUCAGUUUCAAUCAGCAGCGGAUCUGUAGCGGUUAGUGCACUAAGUACCUCCACAGCCUCUGUGCUCCCAGCCCCCCCUGCCUCACGCACAGGCAGCCCUGGCAAAGAGGUGCUGGCAGAAAAGGAACACUAAAAGACACCUGGAGCUGAAGGCAGAGAAUGUGGGUUUAAGGUGGAGGGCACAGUUCCGGUGUUGGUGUGUGGGAGGGAAGGAGCAGAACCUGAGGGCUGCAAGCUCGAUGCCCCUCUGGGUGCAAGGAGCCAGCAGCAGCGGGCUGCUCGGCUGAGGAAGGAGUUGUGUGAUCCCGUAGGAGCGGGAGAGACCUGGGUAAUUUAAUUCAUCUGUUGAAUUGAGUUGGUUUCUGAACUCGGUCACGAAACAGCAAAGGUCGCUUGUGCAAUCAGAAAUGUUUACAGACCAGCCUGUGUUUACCAUGCGUGCAUAUCUGUGAAUGCUGUGGAGGUACGAUCAGGAGGAGGUCGGGUCGAGCUGCAGAGAUUUAACGGCCUUCCUCCAGCACCUCUGUAGAAAGAGUGGAAUGUAAUUAUUUAAUAUGCUUUAUCAAAUAAUGUAAAUGUGCCCUUUGGGUCAGAGGCUUAUCUUUUGUGCAAUAUAGACCACAGCAAUGUGCCUACAGAAAACUACGGAUGGCUUUUUACUCUGGAUGUAUUUUGUCUAAACCAGUAUUUUGCUAUGGAAUGAGGCAGUGUUGCUGUAGGCAAAUGACGUGCUCAGCAGUUUCUCCAGUGUUCUGGCUGACUUGAUUUCCUUUUGAAGCCACAUUUUUCAGUAUUUCUGCGAAAAGAUGGUGAGUGGCAUCAAGCAGUCCCUCCCUGUGGCCUGAUAAUCAGGUGAUCUUAAAUUGCCCCCUGUCCAUGAGGCGCUGCUCGCCUGUGGGAUUGGAGCUCAGCUGACUUCCCAGCAUUCAGUACCAAACUGCUGCUAAUGCAGGGAAAGAAGGGAAAGCAACUUCUCACCCCAAAUGGAGUGAUGCAGGAAGAGCAGCAUCGUGGCAUUGGGUGGAAGCAGCUGGCCUCCCAGCCGUUCUUGGGCGUACGGUUGGGGUUCAUGAGGACUGUCUGACACAAGCAGCCUUAUGUUAGGGUACGUAGGUGGGGGUGGUAAUAAUGACUGAUGAGCAUUGUGAGGAAGCACUGGGGGCUUUCACAGUUUCUCCUGAUGUUUCACCAUUACCUGAGUACGCCCCAAAUCUUCUAACUAAUAAUAAUAGUAGCAGGCUUUACUGACGCUGAUGGCAAAAACCACAGCCCCUGCCCUUGUGCACAUCAGGCACAGUCGCCCGAGAGCGCUCUCUGCUCUCCCGUUGCGUGCUGGUGCAAAGGAGCUGUACAAAUGUUGUAUCAGGUUAUCAAUAGGAGAGGCUGUGCUGGGGCUGCGUUUAAGGCUGGAUUUUAACCCGAGGGUGUAGCAAUAGAAGCUGGAUUUAAAGCAGAUCUUCUUUUGUUUGAAAAAUGUUCAGUUUCUCUCUGAUUUUUGUAUAAUCUGCUCUUACAUGGAUGAGCAUCCCUAGAGUUAGGUUCAGCUGUCGUCCCAGCCAGCCGAGUAGAACGGAGGCUGAAGUCUUGAUCCCGUAUUUGGGGGAAGAAUGUCGGUCUCGGAGAAGCUGAGGACAGGGUGAACUUGAGGGAUACCAGCUGAACUUCCCAUCCCCUCCCCGGCCCUGAGAGCCCAAAUGCUUCUCAGAGCAACGAGGUGUUAACAAUUAAAUCUGAAGCCAUCCGGGAGAGCAAAACACGGCAUUGCCUGCAGCGCGGUACUUGCUUAGUACUGUUUUCUAUGAGAAUGGGGCCCUUGUGUCACUGGGUGUCCUACCAGCCCGUAUUUAUCCAUCCCAGCGCUUUGUCACGUUGUAUCCCUGUGUGGUGUUUGAGUGGGGUUCACUGCCUGUGCAUCGAUCUGCUCCUAGGAACGCGGGCAAACUGUGCCCUGCAGUGGCAUUGGGAGCUGCUGUGGGGCAACGCUGCUUCCAUGUAACGAACCAAUAAACUGCUGCUGAACGGUGUGUGCUGCCUUAAAAUAUCUUCUGUUGUUCUCUUCAAGCUGGAGUAUUAACGUGUGAGGGUGACUGUUUGGACAUGCAAAUGCAGGCUGUGCUUAGCAUGAGGCAAUUGUUCAUCUUUGGGUUGAAACGAAGUUGUAAGAUAACUAUGCAAAUGUACUUUAUUAAAGGGACGCAUAAAAGGA